AUGCGUCCAUUCGCCCCUGCGACACGUCAGUCAUGGAUGGGAUUACUUGCUUCAGCUCUUCUGGGCACUUCAGUCGUAGGAGCACUGGAGAUGGAUAUUGAAGACGGAGAUUCCAUCAGAAAAGUGGCCAAGCAGGUCGCGACCAACAUGAUGAGCUACUAUACAGGCAUGAACCCUGGCGACAAUCCUGGAAACCUCCCAGAUCCCUAUUACUGGUGGGAAGCGGGUGCGAUGUUCAACUCUCUCAUCGAUUACUGGUUUUACACAGGUGACGAUACCUGGAACGACAUCACAAUCCAAGGACUGCUUUGGCAAGCUGGAGAUAACAAGGCAUUUAUGCCGAACAAUCAAAGCAAGACCGAGGGUAAUGAUGAUCAAGCCUUCUGGGCAUUUGCUGCCAUGUCUGCCGCGGAGCGAAACUUCCCAAACCCGCCCGAUGAUCAGCCACAGUGGCUUGAGAUGGCUCAGGCUGUCUUCAACACCCAGGCACCCCGAUGGGACAACUCCUCAUGUGGGGGUGGCUUACGCUGGCAAAUCUUCACAUGGAACAACGGCUACAACUACAAGAACACCAUCUCCACUGGUGGCUUUUUCAAUUUGGCUUCCCGUCUGGCGAAAUACACAGGGAAUAAAACAUACGCAGAAUGGGCAGAAAGGGCCUGGGACUGGACCGCCGACGUCGGUUUUAUGACGCACGACUAUAAAUUCAUGGAUGGAGCCAGCGACCUGACCGAAUGCAAGCCCAUCAACAAAAUCGAAUGGACUUAUAACGCCGGGGUUUAUCUGCUGGGCGCUGCUAACAUGUACAAUCUGACGGAGGAUUCAAAAUGGAAAGAGCGUACCCAGAAGAUCGUCGAUUCCACAGGUAAAUUCUUCUCUCAUGACCCGCCCAACGUGAUGUAUGAGCGAGCUUGUGAAACAGUCAACACCUGUAUGGUUGAUCAACGAUCUUUCAAAGGAUACCUGGCGCGAUGGAUGGCACAAACCACUCAGAUGGCUCCUUUCACGUAUGAUCAAAUCAUGAAACGACUGAAAGCUUCUGGGAUGGCAGCCGCCAAGACUUGCACGGGGGGUGUGAAUAACAACGUCUGUGGUCUCCGAUGGGUCGACGAAAAGUGGGACAAAACAAAGGAUUUCGGUCAACAAAUGGCCGCCCUCGAAGUGAUUCAGGCCAAUCUCAUCUCCCGCGUGGCGGCCCCGGUCACCAAGGAUGACGGUGGUACCAGUAAGGGCAAUCCGAACGCAGGCACCAAGCCCCCCAAGACAGUCCCACCCGGCCUUGACUAUGCCAUCACCACCGGCGACAAAGCCGGUGCAGGGAUAUUGACAGUCCUGACUUUGAUUGGGAUUGGCGGUUCCUGUGGGUGGUUGAUUUGGGAUUGA